CCUGCGGCGCGCGGGCGGUUGGUCCACCCCUCCGGCUUGGCGGCUACAGGCUGGACUCGGUGCCUUUGGAGACCGGCCGGCGGCAGGCAUGGCUAGAAUCCCCCCGCCAGGCAACAGGAGGCGGAGCGGGCCCCCGGCACCCAGCCCUGGCCCGCCGCCUGGCACCGGGCACCCUCCGAGCAAGCGGGCCCGGGGCUUUCCCGCGGCCGCCGCCCCGGACCCCGAAGACCCCUUCGGCGCGCACGGGGAUUUCACAGCCGACGACCUGGAGGAGCUCGACACCCUCGCGUCACAGGCCCUGAGCCAGUGCCCGACCGCGGCUCGAGACGUGUCCAAUGUUCAUAAGGUCCCCAGAUUAGAUGGGAUGUCAAAAUAUCCUGCAGGGAAAAACAGAGAAAGUGUUCCAGUUAAAGAUAAUUUUGAAUUAGAGGUACUUCAGACCCAAUACAAAGAACUUAAAGAAAAGAUGAAGGCAAUGGAAGAAGAAGUGCUCAUUAAAAAUGGAGAAAUUAAAAUUUUGCGGGACUCACUGCAUCAGACAGAAUCCAUUCUAGAGGAGCAGAGAAGAUCACAUUUCCUUCUUGAGCAAGAGAAAACCCAGGCACUCAGCGACAAAGAAAAGGAAUUCUCCAAAAAGCUCCAGUCGUUGCAGUCUGAACUCCAGUUUAAAGAUGCAGAGAUGAAUGAAUUAAGGACAAAAUUUCAAAGCAGUGAACGAACUAAUAAACUAGCUGCUCCCUCCAUUUCCCAUGUCAGUCCUAGGAAAAGCCCUUCUGUUGUUAUAAAGCCAGAAGCAUGUUCUCCACUAUUUGGAAAACCAUCUUUCCCUACAAAGGAGUCUUUUAGUGCUAACACAUCCCUUCCCCACCCCUGCCAGACUGAGCCAGGAUACAAGUCCCUGAUGGGCAAAGAGGUUUCAGAGAAUACGACCCACAGUCUGGGAGGUGACCCCAUAAAGCAAGAACAGCCCCAGAAAAGUCUUGUUGACAGCUGGAUGCAGAGAUCAAACACUCAAGGCUCCAUUUUGAUAAACCUUCUCCUGAAGCAGCCUUUGAUCCCAGGGUCUUCCCUAGGUCUGUGCCACCUCCUGAGCAGUUGUUCUGAGGCUCCUACCAGCACCCUGUCCCAGCUACCUGGGCUUGGCAGUACCUUGACUGGGAUUUCAAGCCUGAGGACCACAGGUUCUUGUGAUGGGUCAUUUCCCCUCAUGGCCCUGAAAGAAGCACAAAACCUGGCACUUACUGGACUGAAUCUGGUGGCCAGGAAUGAAGACUCCUGUGACAGAGACCCAGCAGAGGGAGGCAGAAGGGCCUUCCCGCUCUGCCAGCUUCCUGGGGCUGUGCAUCUCCUCCCCCUGGUACAGUUCUUUAUCAGCUUACACUGCCAGGCUCUGCAGGAUUUGGCAGCAGCCAAGAGAAGUGGAGCUCCUACAGACUCACCGACGCAUCCCUCCCGCGUGAGCUCUGGGGUAGAGGCCAGCCCUGAGGACUCACUUUGCAACCUGGAAGGCUUCUCUGUGGCUUCACUUAGCAUUCUUCAGCACCUGGUAUGCCACAGUGGCGCAGUCGUCUGCCUGUUACUCUCAGGAGCCGGCACAGAUUCUGCUGCUAGAGAAGGAGAUCAGCGCCUGGUUCACGGACAUGGUCGUAUGGAUGUGACCUCAGCCCCAGCAGGGCUUGCCGAUGACCAAGGCCAGCAUCCACUACUGAAGAUGCUUCUUCAACUUUUGUCUUUUUCUUCUGCAGCAACAUGUCACCUUCAAGCCAGUGUCCUCAGCCAGUGCCUUAAGGUUUUGGUGAAAUUAGCUGAAAAUGCUUCCUUUGAUUUCCUGCCCAGGUUCCAGUGCGUGUUCCGGGUGCUGCCACAGUGCCUGCGCCCAGAGACACCCCUGCCUAGUGUGCUGCUGACUGUUGAGCUCCUCUCCCUCCUGGUGGACCACGAGAACCUUGCACCUCAGCUCUGCUCCCACUCGGAAGGCUGCCUCCUCCUGCUGCUGUACAUGUACAUCACAUCACGGCCUGACAGAGCAGCCUCGGAGACACAGUGGCUUCAGCUGGAACAAGAGGCCGUGUGGCUCCUGGCUAAACUUGGUGUGCAGAGCCCCUCCUCCCCAGUUACUGGCUCCACCUGCCAGUGCAACGUGGAGGUGGUCAGGGCACUCACGGUGGUGCUGCACAGACAGUGGCUGACAGUGCGGAGGGCAGGGGCCCCCCCGAGGACUGACCAGCGGAAGCGGACGGUGCGGUGUCUGCGGGACACAGUACUGCUGCUGCAUAGUCUGUCCCAAAAGGACAAGCUCUUCACUGUGCACUGCGUGGAGGUCCUGCAUCAGUACGACCAGGUGAUGCCAGGGGUCAGCAUGCUGAUUCGAGGGCUUCCUGACGUGACAGACUGUGAAGUAGCUGAGGGAGCAAUGCCUGGGCGUGGAAGGGACUGAGGCAGCCCUGGAUGACCUCUGUGCUGCGGAGACCGAUGUGGACGACCCGGAGAUGGACUGUGGCUGAGGCCUGGGAGCAUCUAGCCACAUGGUGGCACCAGCACCACUACUUUCCUUACCUUAUCCACUGAUUAAAAGCAGUGACUGGCUGUCAGAGAACA